AUGUUUUGUCUUCAAGAAAUUCUAAAGUACAACCAUCAGAACAAUAUCCACAAUCUCCAUGGUCAUACCCACAAUAAGCCAAAUCACACGAAGGAUCACAAACACCAUUACUCUUUAGGCUGCAACCCAAACCAUAAGUGCAUCAAUAUUCACAGUCGCCUCCAUCAAAAUUGCAGCCUUGAUUCAUACAACUCUUCUGGCAUAAUCCAUCUCCGAUCUAAUUUAGGAAAUACUCAAUAUGAUGGGCAAUCUAUAGAACAUAAAGCAAAGGUACUUGGAAUUAAGAAGAUUUCGACAAUUAGGAGAAUUUUCAGCUCGAUGCGAUUAGUUACUCUCAUAUUUAGGAGAUUUAUUAAAUUGUGAAUUUUCAGAAAGCUUUAUAUGCAUAACUAA